AUCCGAUCUCGGACCGCUAUCCGAUCUCGCAUCUUGCUAAAGACUUUUUGAGUUGAGAACGUCUCGACCAUCGCACCCGGCAUGGAUGCAUGGAGGAGUUACCUCUCGAUUUCAAUGCUGUGCCCAUCGACAGCCUAGUAGUUCUGAUAGCCGAUAUGCUCGAACGUCUCAUGGCUCAUAACGACUUGAUCCCCCUUCUUCCAGAGAGCCUUACGCGCUUCCAUUCUCGCUCCGCACCCGGCAUUUCUGUCCUCGAGUACCUCAGACGCAUCGUUCGCUUCACCAACAUCGAAAAGUCAUGCCUCCUCAUCACCCUCCACUACAUCGAUCAAAUUUGCUCUCGAGUGCCCCUCUUUACGCUCUCCUCUCUCACCUGCCAUCGCUUCAUCAUCGCGUCUAUCACUGUCUCGAGCAAGGGCCUCUGCGAUGCAUUCUGCACGAAUAGUCUCUACGCGAAGGUCGGCGGCAUCUCCGUGACGGAGCUGAACGUGCUCGAGCGCGAGUUCUUGGCGAAGAUUGACUGGCGACUCAUGUGUACACGGGAGGUCUUGCAAGAGUACUACAUCAAUCUCGUCCGCACGCACACAUCGGGUCGGUAUUGUCUCGCUGGAGCGCCGUCAUCGACGAGCAGCGCCUCGUCGGACAGUGACCAGGAGAUGGAGGAACAUCCGUCGCGGCCUAGCACACCACCGGAGACCGCACGGACGAUUCUGAUUGAUUCUGGGACCGCGAAUGGGAGCGAGCCUAGCCGACGGCCAACGAUCGAGCAAAAUAUGGCGUUCGCAGCUCUACGACAACGAAGUGAAGACGCGGAUAGCGUCUGACUGGAUAUUAUCAGCUGUGUCUUGCCUUUAAAUACGGUUUGUUAUACUAGUAUAUACAUAGAUAAAGGAUUGACAUGCCAAAGUACAAUGCGAGAGU